GCUUGUACGCUUCGUCCAAAGAGGGCUUAUACGAAAGAAAGAGAGACAAAAGAUAUAGUUGUCGGUGGUCUCCUCUUAUCUUUCUCGUGUCUCAAUAUAUUAUCAUCGUCGUAUAUCGUCUAUUACACUACUACAAGGAAUUGAAUUUAUUUCGAAAAAGGGAAUUCCAAGUUGAAGAAAGAAAAUCGAAAAUAAAUACGGGAACAACGUCAACAAACAAACAACAAAAAUAAUCGAAACAAUAUUUCUUUUUUUUUUGUUGUCGAAAGUUAAACGUACAUUAGAUCGAUUAACAAACGUUAAAUCACUAAUUUAAUUUUGGAAAAAUUAUAACUUUGUUAAUUGUUGUACUAUCUAUCGUUCGUUAAUUUUGAUUUUCCUUUUGUCAACUAUUAAUAGGCAGUGAGAAUUAAACGAUUUAGAAAAAGAAAAAUUAGAAAUAAAAAAACAGAGCGAAGUUUGAGAUUACUUAUAUUUUUCUUUUUCCUUUCGCGAUAUUGUUAUUAUUGUUGUUAUUAUUAUUAUCGUGGUAAUUCGUAUCAGGCCAAAGGUAUUUUAUUGACGAAAUAUAAGACGAAGUUAAGAGACGAGGAAGAAUCAGAUCAUACGUUUUCAAAGCUUUCCUGAAGGAAAAAGAAUAAUUGGAGAGAAUUUGAAAUACGCAAUGGCAGUAGCAGCAGCUCAGAAGAAUCGCGAAAUGUUCGCUAUUAAGAAGUCUUACAGCAUCGAGAAUGGUUAUCCGGCACGACGUCGUUCAUUGGUGGACGAUGCUCGUUUCGAAACAUUAGUCGUCAAACAGACUAAACAAAGCGUUCUGGAAGAAGCACGUCAACGAGCGAAUGACCCAAAUGCCGAUCCUCAAGAUCAAGAAGGACACUCUGAGAUUUACGUUGAUGGGGAACAAGGAGAAACAUUGAUUUGUGCGAGCAAGGAAGGAGAAGCUAAAGCUGAAGAAGUCUCCUCGGAUAGCGAAGGGAAAACCGACGACGAUUAUGACGACGAUGUUGGAUUAACGGAGGAAGAAGUUGUAUUGGCAAAAGCGAUUGCUGAAAGUCCGGAAAGCGAAAACAUCGUUCAAAAGGCUGCAAUCGUGUUACGUUUGCGCGAGGGUAUAAGUUCUUUAGCAAGAAUCUUAAAGACCGUUGAAAAUUUCAAGGGUACGGUCACUCACGUUGAAUCGAGACCUUCGAAAAAGGAAGGUCUUCAGUUCGAUGUACUGGUGAAGGUCGAUAUAACGAAACAAUGUUUAUUGCAAUUGAUUCGAAAUCUCCGACAAAGUUCAUCGUUGGACGGGGUUACAUUGCUCACGGACAAUUCUGUCAGCGUCAAGGAUCCAUGGUUCCCUCGUCACGCAUCAGAUUUAGACAAUUGCAAUCAUUUAAUGACGAAAUACGAACCGGAUCUCGAUAUGAACCAUCCUGGAUUUGCGGAUAAGGAAUAUCGUGCUCGUAGAAAGGUCAUCGCUGAGAUAGCAUUCGCUUAUAAGUAUGGUGAUCCAAUUCCAAGCAUCCCAUACACCGAAGUUGAAAACGACACGUGGUCUCGCGUUUUCAAUACCGUUGUUGAUCUAGUACCUAAACACGCUUGCUUAGAAUAUCAAAGAGUUUUCAAAAAACUCCAAGAAGAAAAGAUCUUUGAGUGUCAUCGUAUACCCCAAUUACAAGAAGUCAGCAAUUUUCUUCAAAAAAAUACAGGAUUUACAUUAAGACCUGCAGCUGGAUUACUCACCGCAAGGGAUUUCCUAUCGAGUCUUGCUUUCAGAGUAUUCCAAAGCACGCAAUACGUUCGCCAUAUCAACAGCCCUUAUCACACGCCUGAACCGGAUUGCAUUCACGAAUUAUUGGGACACAUGCCCCUUCUCGCUGAUCCAAGUUUCGCACAAUUUUCCCAAGAAAUUGGUUUGGCCUCACUCGGCGCAUCCGACGAAGAAAUCGAAAAACUUUCGACCAUUUAUUGGUUCACCGUUGAAUUUGGAUUAUGUAUGGAGAGUGGAGAGGUGAAAGCUUAUGGUGCUGGUCUCUUAUCCGCUUAUGGUGAAUUGCUUCAUGCUCUGAGCGACAAGUGCGAGCACCGACCUUUCGAACCAACUACCACGGCUGUACAAAAAUAUCAAGAUCAAGAAUAUCAACCGAUUUAUUUCGUUGCUGAAAGUUUCGAGGAUGCUAAAGACAAAUUCCGUCGUUGGGUGGCAGCCAUGAGUAGACCAUUCGAGGUCAGGUUUAAUCCGCACACGCAACGCGUCGAAGUACUCGACACGGUCGACAGGUUGGAGGGAGUUCUUUCUCAACUUAAUACAGAUAUAACUCAUCUUACCAACGCCAUUAACAAAAUUAAACGCAACUUUGCCGCGUAAAUUAAUGAAAAAUAAUAGUAACAUUUGAAAACAACAGAUUUAAUGAAACCGAUUACUCUUAUCUUGCUUGCUCAGAUUCGUCGUAGUUAUCUAGCGUUUAUUGUGUGAUCAAUCUUUUAUUUUAAAUCUUUAAUCCUAUUAGUAUAUAUUGAACGAAAAAAAAAACAACAACAAUAUCUCAUUAUCAACGUAGACGUUGUUAGACCGACAAAUUUUUGUCGAGAGAAAAUUGUGUUCUUAUAAUCUUUCGUUUUUUUAUUUUUUAAUUUCUGAUUUAUCAACCCAUCGAUUGAUGUCUUUCAUUUUAAUUUUGUUGAAAAAUGAUUAUUUUAAUAUUUACAUAUAAGAUAGAUACGAGUAACGUUCCGAGGGAUCAAAAGCUGCCAAGUUUUCGGUAAUUAAUCAGAAUCGGUUUAUUUUAUUUUUUUUUUUUCUAAUUCGGAUUGAAAGAGAGAGAGAGAGAAAGAGAGAGAAAGAUAGAGACAGAACAAUCACGACAAGGUCUAAAAACCAAAAUUUGGACUUUCUUUAAUUUAGUUCCUUAAGUUAAAUCCCGCCGUGCUUCUUAAGUAUCUUCAUUCAUUACUUUUAAAGAUCCUUUUUAUUCUUAUGAAUGAGAUUGAAACUAUUUUAACUCGCGUCCUAGAUUUUUCUCCCAUUGUAUUAUUAAUGUUUUUUUUUCCCCCCCCCUUAUUUUUUUUUUCUUCCAUCAUUCUCUCAUCCAUUCAACUCGCAUAAGUAGAAGCUUUAUCCUCAUCCCAUGUAUAAAGUCAAAUAAUUUCGAUUCAUCGUAGGAAUCAUAGACGCGUAACGCGUGAAAAAUGAAAAUUCAUUGAAAAAAGAAGCUAAAGAAUAAAAACAAAAAAAAAGGAAAAAAAAAAACACACACGGAAAAAAAAAAACAUAAGAAAAAAGAAAAAAAAAGAGAAAAAAAAAAGAAGAAAAAGAUAAAACAUGAAGUAUUAAUAAAGUAGGAAAAAAAAAAAAAAAAUAGAAAGAAAAUGAAUUGGGACACUAAUGUCCUUAUAAUACGGAUACCAAGAACGAAAGUGAGUGUGAAUAGUAGUUAAGUUACGUGCGGAACGAAGGUCGUACCUAUGCCAAUCUAAUUUUCCACGUCAUUGGUAAAAGUUGCGAUCAAGCAAGACCUCCCGUUUUCAUUGGCGUGAUAUCACCGUUGAUCGUUAGGAAUAUCACGUUUAAUCGGUCUUUGUUCGAAUUACAUACAACCGUGAAAAAAGAUCCGUACUACGAGAGCGCUUUGACGAAUUUUUUUUUUAAGCAAAAAAAUUAAAAAAAAAAAAAAAAAGAAAAAAAACACCAAGAUUAA